AUGGAACCGAAGACAAGUCUUGUUGCUGCUUUCGUUCUGUGUCUGCUACUCGUUCCUCUUCAAUCAACGGCUUCGGCCGACAGGCAACCACCAGUUUUGGUCCAAGGAACCUGCCCCUCUGAUAUAGUACGGUACGCAGACCAUUUGUCAACUAGUACGUCUGUCCACUGGACUAAACCAAGAGCAUCAGACGCAAGCCUGCCGAUCACAGUGCAGAGAAAAGAUGGUGGCCCAGCCAAUGGUGGCUACUUCAGUGCCUCUAGGUCACCAUACACCAUCAGAUACUCGGCAAGGGAUAGCAAAGGCAACAAAAACGACAACCUUUGCACAUUCACAGUCGCUGUGAAGGUAAGGAGAUGUGGAGUCCACCCACCAGUCACCUGGGGCGCUGUUUCCUGUUCCCAUGGCGACAUAUUCGGCUCGGAAUGUUCCAUCAGCUGUAUGAGUGGCUACUCUAUCCGUGGGUCAUCCCGACGCACUUGCCAAUCCAAUCGAAUGUGGUCUGGUACUACACCGAGCUGCGCAGCCUGUGGGCAUGUGAACAAUCCCUUCAGAGGAAACCUGAACUGCCAAGUUGCUGGUGAGGAGCAGAAUUGCACCAUCUCCUGCUGGCAAGGCUAUGCAUUCAGUCGGGCCAUUCUACCCUCCUACCAAUGUGGUCCCUCUACUGACUACAAGUGGUCCCAUGAGACUGACGACAACCAGGGAUUGGCUUUGCCUAAGUGUACAAAGUGCAAGCCACCAAUUAAGGUUGCCAUGGAGAUGACCCUUGUAUACAGCAAUAACCUGACCUGUGAUGGGGUCAACGUCACUAAAGACAGCCUGGCAUAUCAGCGAGUCAAUGAUACUAUCACGAUGAACCUACAGAUGCUUAGCUGUGUGCAGAACAACUCUUGUGCUGUGAAACACCAGAUCAGUGGCUGCAGUCCACACGUUCCCGGGGACCAUGCCCGCAGACGCCGACGUCGAUCCCUCGAAGCGGUCCACAUCACCAUCAGGCUGGAACGUGAUGUUGACAUCCCUGAUCAACAAAACCUGACCAAUGAAGAAGUCGUCAAUCAACACAGCUUCAUAGAGGCAACUGACGAGUUACGUAACUCUGCCGGUCACCUGAUCAAUCAGUCUAGAUUGGGCCAGUUUGCCAUCAACGUAGACAGUCAGGUUUACGACGUGGACUUGGGGAAAACCAAGAGCUACGGCAUGCCUGUCUGUCCUCCUGGUACUGUGCGCAUGGAGGCAGAGGACGUACGAUGCGUUCCUUGCGAGUCAGGCUGGUAUAACUACCUGGAGGAUUGCUACCCGUGUCCACGUGGCAUGUACCAGUCACUAGAGGGCAGCACAUACUGCCAGGCCUGUCCACGUGGCCGCACCACCACCGGCCCUCGCGCUAGUGAGGAAGCAGAUUGCAAAGUCAUUGUCCAGUAGUCUCUAAAUCAGCUAGAUUCCAAAACUAGUCUGAAAAGGCAAUAUUGGGUUUUGCCAUUCACUGAUUUCAAACAAAAUUUAACGGUCUGUAAUAUUGCUUCAACAGAAACAGCACUUAUACAAUUAUGUACUUUCCUUGUACCAAUCCAUUUAAUUACAAACAUAGAAAAUGUAGGAUUGCUUGGGGAGGCAGUACAAAUUUAAGCAGAUUAGCAGAAUUUCAAGAACAAACUUUAAAUCCAAUGGCCUAAUUUGUUUAAAUUAUUUAUUAUUCUGAGGGAAAGAAACCUCUACUGAUUUUAUGGAACUUUUGAUGAGAGUGGGUCAUGCUCUAAAUUUCCAUCAAAUUAUGACAAAAUCAUUUCCUAAAUACCAUUUUGACGAUUGUACUCUCUCCAUUUUGUCAGUAACUAAAUAGCAGUAUAAUUCAAACUUCUAAAGUUAUUCAGAAUUUAUUCAGUCUUUGAAAGCCAUUUUUUUUUAAAGUGGUAUUAAGUAUUGCUGUUUUUUUUGUUUAACACUUUUUCGUACUUGUAUUGACCUAUCGCGGUGGAAUUGCAUCAACUCAGCU